AUGGCUGACGGACAAACACCUGCCACUAGUGGUUUAACUGAUCCCAACCUUAAGCGACAAGUCGAGGAAUAUUUUGAGAUGGUCGGUGAUGCCGCCGCCAAGCACAUCAAGGAAGAAUGUGAUAAAGAGUGCAAUCCAGCAGGUCCCGAUGGCUUUGACGGAUGUUACAAGUGGUGUAUUAUAGAUACCGCUCCCACUAUCGGUGUACCCCCACCCCCGUCUGAUUGGUAA